AUGUUGCUGGAGCGGGUCCGCGCCGGUUCGGAGAAGGCAGCGGAGCUCUGCCCCUUCCCGCGUAGCCCAGAGAUCCCGCUGUGCGCCGGCUGCAACCAGCACAUCGUGGACAGGUUCAUCCUCAAGGUCCUGGACCGGCACUGGCACAGCAAGUGCCUGAAAUGUUCCGACUGCCAGACGCAGCUGGCCGAGAAGUGCUUCAGCCGCGGGGACGGCGUCUACUGCAAGGAGGACUUCUUCAAGCGCUUCGGAACGAAGUGUGCCGCCUGCCAGCAGGGCAUCCCCCCGACCCAGGUGGUGCGUCGGGCCCAGGACUUCGUGUACCACCUGCACUGCUUCGCCUGUAUCGUCUGCAAGCGGCAGCUGGCCACCGGCGACGAGUUCUACCUCAUGGAGGACAGCAGGCUGGUCUGCAAGGCAGACUACGAGACGGCCAAGCAGAGAGAGGCUGAGUCCACGGCCAAGAGGCCCCGCACCACCAUCACGGCCAAGCAGCUGGAAACUCUCAAAAACGCUUACAACAACUCGCCCAAACCGGCUCGGCACGUCCGGGAGCAGCUUUCCUCGGAGACGGGGCUGGACAUGCGGGUGGUGCAGGUCUGGUUCCAAAACCGCCGGGCGAAGGAGAAGAGGUUGAAGAAGGACGCGGGGAGGCAGAGGUGGGGUCAGUACUUUCGGAACAUGAAGCGAUCCAGGGGGACCUCCAAGUCCGACAAGGACAGCAUCCAGGAGGAGGGGCCGGACAGCGAUGCCGAGGUCUCCUUCACAGAUGAGCCCUCAAUGUCCGAAAUGAGCCAUUCCAAUGGGAUUUACAGCAAUCUCAACGAAGCAUCUCCUGCCCUGGGGAGACAAGCUGGGACCAAUGGGAGCUUUGCUCUGGAUCACGGUGGCAUUCCAGCUCAGGACCAGUACCACGACCUGCGAUCCAACAGCCCCUAUGGGAUACCCCAGUCACCAGCUUCCUUGCAAGCACUGCCAGGCCACCAGCCUUUAAUCUCCAGCUUGGUUUACCCAGACAACAGCUUGGGAAUCAUGGGACAAAGCGGACAAGGGGUGCCCCAGUCCAUGAGGGUCCUGGCUGGGAACGGACCCAGCUCCGACCUCUCCACCGGCAGCAGCGGGGGGUACCCGGAUUUCCCGGCCAGCCCGGCCUCUUGGCUGGAUGAAGUUGACCACGCUCAGUUUUGAUACAGG